UUUCAGACCACAACCAACUACUACAUCGUCAACCUUGCCGUCGCCGACUGCCUGAUUGCCCUCACCUGCUCGUGGCCCCACCUUGUGAACGACCUCACGCCCUUUUGGGUGCUGGGCAGUUUCUUCUGUACUUUCAACACCUUCUGCCAGGGUGAGUUCUGA